AUGCCACCCCCCGUCGGCAGAUACGGGCCUUCUGGUCUAGCCGCCCCGUAUUCCCUCCAACAAGCUCAACUUCAGUCCCAACAUCACCCACAAUCAGCAAACGCCCUCCCGCCCCCUUCACUCGGUGGCCACCCCGGUUUCGCUGGGAAUCCCAACACCAAUAUGAACCCCUUCACUCUCUCUGGUGCCGGCAUGGCCAACGGUAUGUCAGCUUCUGGCUUUGCUGGUGUUGGAGGUGAUGGUGGUGGCACCGGUCUUGCUAGCCAUGCAGCUCAGAUGGGCUUCGCGCGUGGAGCUCAGAUGCAGCAACAGCAACUACACCAGGGUCACGACGGACGGUUAGCUCUUGACUCGAAGACCGGCGCGGUCAAGUCGCGGAUACGAGAUGUGUGGAAACACAACCUGGCCCACGAAAUGGCUGUGUUGAGGUCGUUGGUGGAUAAAUACCCUUACAUUAGCAUGGAUACCGAAUUCCCAGGAAUCGUCGCACGACCGAUCGGCCAGUUCACGAAUAAGGCAGACUACCACUACCAGACCCUCCGAUGCAACGUCGACUUGUUAAAGAUGAUCCAGUUGGGUAUUACACUGUUCAAUGAGGAUGGGGAAGUGCCCCCGCUGUCGGGAACCGACGCAAAUGGUCAACCUUACGGCAUGCCCGCACCUUGCACAUGGCAGUUCAACUUCCGCUUCUCACUGGAAAACGAUAUGUACGCCCAAGAUUCAACCACUAUGCUUGCUAAAUCUGGAAUCGAUUUCAACAUGCACGAUAAGAAUGGAAUUGACCCCUUUGAGUUUGGCUCCUUGCUGAUCAGUUCUGGCCUGGUUCUGCUGGAUGACGUUCACUGGGUCUCCUUCCACUCCGGCUACGAUUUCGGAUACUUGAUGAAGAUCAUGCUUUGCACAGCCCUACCUGAGAACGAGGAGGAGUUCCACAAGCUUCUCACCAUCUUUUCCCCUCCCUCUAUGAUAUCAACCGCUGCACAAAUUCUCACGAACCUUGGCCAAAAGUCUGGUUUGCAAGAUAUCGCGGAUGAGCUGGGUGUCAAGCGCGUUGGGAUCGCCCACCAAGCAGGCUCCGAUUCCCUCGUCACCGGCGAAAUCUACUGGAAGAUGCGCCAGUUGGUUUUUAACGGCGCGAUUGACGACAGCAAGUACUCCGGGCAGAUCUGGGGAUUGAAUGGACAAAUGCCCGCAAUGAGCUACCAUAUGGCUCAGCAAACACCAAACUUGAACGGAGCAUCUAUUUAUUCAGCCGCAGGUACCCCGAGCACCCCCAACACAGGGCAUAUCGGGACCGGCGCCCACACGCCGCAACAUGGCUUCCCGACACCGACCGGGUUCGCUACCGGUAAAUCAUGA